CAAACAAAAUCACUGUAAAAUCAUUUCUAAAAUCACUUUAUAUACAUAACUCAUCCAUCUUCAAUAGCAAGAACUCCAAUACUGCACUGCAUAAGUUCAGAAAACUAGAGCAGAUCGAGAAUGGCAUCCAAGAACCUCCUCCUCUCGGCCGCCGUGCUUCUGUCCGUGCUCGCCAUCGCCGCGGCGGCGGCUACGGCCAGCGCGGCGACGACGUCCUGCCAGCCGGGCAUGGCGAUCCCGCACGACCCGCUCCGCGGCUGCCGCCGGUACGUGCUCCGGCGCGCGUGCGGCCUCGCCGCCGGCGGGCGGCUGUACGACUGGUCGCUGAAGGAGCGUUGCUGCCAGGAGCUCGCCGCCGUGCCGGCCUACUGCCGGUGCGCCGCGCUGGCCUACUUCAUGGACGGCGCGUCCGAGGGCCGCCUCCUGGAGGACCUCCCCGGAUGCCCGAGGGAGACGCAGAGGGGUCUCGCCGCCAUGCUCACCACGCCCGGCGAGUGCAACCUCGAGACCAUCCAUGGCGGACCGUACUGCCUCGAGCUCACCGACAGGGAGAUGCCCAAAUAUUGAAUUGAAGUGAUGGAUUAAUUAGUAGUGUGUUCACCGUGAAUAAGUGUUGCUAAUCGCAUCAAUCUAUGGUCCAUGGAUCAUCACAUGAAUGCAUGCUUGAGUGCAUCAUCAGUGAUGUGUGUUGAAUAACAAGCAUAUAUACAAUGCUUUUUUUUCCCUUUUCUGACA